CUUUUCCAAUGCGUUCAAAAGCGCCGUGCCGCUCAGAAUAGCUUCGACCGACGAGCGGAACGGACGUAUACGGAAUUUCCGAGCCGCGGAAAAUCGCGAGAACCCGAGAGAGUGACCGAAGAAAAUUCCGCGGCGGGGCGGACGAUCGAGCGUGCAUAGGAAAAGUGCAAUGGCGUAUCGGGCAGAGUAAACAAACAAGGCCCGAUUGAGCGAUAUCGAGAUGGACUGGGACAAACCGCCGCCACCUCCGCAACCACCGCCGAAGCCCCGGCGAACCCGAUCCCGGCAGAAUGUCCUGCACUACGAGUCGCUGCCCACCGCUCCGCCGGCGAUGUGCGGUCGCGCCGAGGAGAACAUCUUCCAGUUUCCGGCCGUGGCCUCGCGGGCCCGCAAUCUCUCCGCCUCGCCCAAGUUCGAGCGGCGGGAGGCCAAGGACCUGCCCGUUUGCGAGCUGGGCAAGCACUCGUGCUCCAAGUGCCAGCCGUAUAGGGCGGACCGGGGCACCAUCGAGCCGCUGAAGACGCGCCUUAACUCCGCCAUCGAGGCCAUGGAUGAAAUGACGCGUACCUACCACCUGCUGGAGGGAUUCCUGGAGCACCGACUGGCCACCAUUGCCGACAACGAGGCGGGCGAACGGGAGGCGGAACUGGCCGCGUUGGACGACGAUGUGCCCUCCACCAGUCAAGCCAGCCGGCAGCGUCCUCCCACCAAGCCACCACGCUCCAGCAACAGCGACCACCAGUUCGAGUUGGAGCACUCGCUCACCUGGCUGGAGUCCCUAAUGGGCACCGAGGUGAUUCCGCCCUUUAAACAGGGAAAGUUCAGGCGAAUUCGCGAGCGCAGCAAGUCCAUGAUGGACGAGGACCUCAACAUGUUCAUGAAGGGCGAUCGUCCCGGCUUAAAGCUCAGCGCUUCGAGACCCUAUCUCUUGAGACGGCAGAGCACCUACAGCGACAACAAGGCCAAGGUGUCCAAGUGGACCAAGGUAAAGGCGGCCUUCAAGUGGGAGCGGGCCAAUGUACCGCCCUCGGGACCAGGCGGUCCGGAAAACAGUAUCUUGAUGCCACUCAACCACGAGGUGGAGAGAUACCUCAAGGUGCCCAUUAGCACGGCGGCUGGAAGCAGUUCCGCGGACAGCAUCAUCAGCUCCUCCUCCGGCCAUAUAAUGAGUGACACGGGCGGGACACCCGGCACUAUGAGUUCGGCCAGCUCCAUGGAUGAUCUUGAGACGGUCAGCCGACAGAGUUAUCGUCGCGAUUCCUCCAAGAGUGAUACACGCUGCGACUCCCGCACCUCCAACUUUGAGGUGGAGCUGCGAAAAUCCGCCACGGACGAGCGCCUGGACAAUAUCAAAUCCGCCGCCCCUCCAUUACCAGCAAAGUCCUCCUCCAGCAAAUCGCUGCGGCGAUCCAAGGCCUUCUCAGACUUUGAGGUCCUGCCCGAGGAUCAUGUGGCGGAGAUUAAGGCCACCAGCAGCCGGCGGCAGAAGUUGCCGCCUAGUCCACUUAAUCUCAACCAGGUUAACCAGAUAUACAGUGAUCUGCCACAACUGCACUCUCCCCUGAAGAGUCCCAAGGACUCGCGCAUGCGUCGUGUCCACUCGCCGGGUACCUCCUCCGUGCCCAGCAGUCCCUCUAGGCAUUCGGAUUUCUUUGGUGAAUUUGAGAGCGAGGAUCUGUCCAGUGGCGAUUUCUCGGAGCCCACUACGCCAAACUGUAAGAAUUUCCCACAGAACGAAGAUGACGAGGUGUUUCAACAUUAUCAACUUCUCGUACUCAAACUAGAUUCGGAGUUUAAGCACAAGCAACGCGAGUUGGAGCGUUCCAGCGCCAGCAAUCGCAGCAUCAAAAUGGGCAGUGGAGCAGCAACUGGCGGAGCAACUGGCAGGGGCAAGCGGAGCACCGAGGAGCACUCGCCCACCCAACUGCUGCACAACGAACUCAUGUCCACCGCCCAGCUGGAGCAGAAUCUCACUCCGCAGUUCAAGAAGAAGUUGCAGAAGUGGCGGGUCAAGCAGCAGAAUUGCUCGGGAGGGUCGUACGCCUCCUUGGAGCCCGCGGCCAGUCCCACGGCCAAGAGCCAAAGUUGCGAGGUUAAGCCCAAGAUCGACUGGAACCUGUGGAGCAUGGGUCAGCUGAAGCUGGAGGGCCAGGGUCUGUGUGCCCUGCCCGAUCAGAAGGAUUUGCCCGAGAAGUUCCAGAAGAAGUUGGAGCAAUGGAACCGUUUGAAGUGCGCGCCUGGCGGUGGCACCACCUCUGACAAUGACUCGCUGAAACGUGGCUCCAAGCAUAGUCAGUCUACGAGAAGGGGUUCGGAUGAUGAUCGCUGGUACAAGCACAGGCCGCACGACAAAGAGAAAUUGUCCCGCCUCAAAGCCAUUGUGGUGCCGGAUCACACCAAGAAGAUCGAGGUCAAGACUUCGGACGGGGAGGUGAUGAAGUUCGAGGGAAUCUCGAGGAAGUUCACCAGAAAGCUGUACGAGUGGGAGAAGGCCAGGGGCAUAGGGCCAGAGUCCUCGACCUUCGCCCUCCUGCAUCCUGGAUACUGCCCCAUAGAUGUGAGGCGGAUUAACAAGGAUUGCAAUAAAGUGGCAGCGGAUCACUCUCCCACGCUAAGUAGGUCCCUCUCCCUGGACAGCGUGUCGCCCAACUGCAACCUGGCCCAGGGCAUCUCCCAGCAGGCUUCCUCCCUGUCCCUGAACGACGUCAACGAUCUGAAGGAGAUCGAGGACAGCACGGAUGCCCUCACCGAUCACGAGUUCAAGAAGUACGACGAACCGGAGGCAGUGAUGGUGGAGGUGGAGGAGCACAUCCACGACACCGCCUCGCCACUGGUCACCGCCCACACGCUGGUGGAGCAGCAGACGCCCAUCUACAAGUACGAGGAGGUGCAGUGCAACGACUAUGUCAACUCGCGUCGCGUCCAGAGCUUCGAGUCGCACACAAAUCUGGCCCCCUUGCUGGGAGCACUGAAACGUGCCGAUGAGCUGUUUGGCCAGCUGAAGAAUGCCUCACCCGAUCUGCUGGAUCACCCGUCCAUGCGGGACUGCCAGGCCGCAUUGCUGAGCAUUCGUAGCAUUUAUCCAUACUACUCCAACAACCUGAUGAAGGCGGGCGUGCUCAACGCCAUAUCCGAUGUCCAGAGCGAGCUGGGACGACUUGCCGAGCUGAGUCUAAAAUCGCCUUUGGAUGAGGCCUGCUGCCAGGAAACGAUGCAAGAGCGCACACUGGAGUAUCUGGAGGAGCUCCAAGGGCUGCAUGAAUCCCUGCAGUGUCUCAAGCUAAGCAUACAGGGCGGAACGAAUCGCUAUCCCCGGGACAUCGUGCCGGAUAUCAGCAUAACCUGCGAGGAUGGUCAGCAGUUGGACUCCAGUUCCGCGUACGCCACCUGCGACAAUUCCAGCCGAGAUCGCCUGGCCCAGGACGACAAUAGUGCCAGUGCUGCCUCGCCCAUGGAGCACGAAACGGAGACCAGCACCACCACGGGCACUUUGUGCCGCUCCAGCUUGCCCACCGUGAAUGCCAUUCCGAGUGCCAAUGGAGUUACCAAUGGUAUAAGCAACGCAAAUGCCUGUGCCAAGAAGAAGCUGCUGCGCCUGCGCAAAAUGGGUUCCCGGCAGAACAGCAAAACGGAGAGCGACAGCAGUGAUGCGGAUACCCACUCCGUGAUGGAGACACCGCGGAGAUUGCGCCGCAAGAACUUCCGGCUGAAGCAGCGCUCGCUGGAUGACGACUUUCGGCUGAGUUCCACGACCAAUGAACAGGAGAUGGCCACUGCCGGUGGGGAUAUCGUCUACGGUUCGCUGAAAGUCAAGCCGGGGGAACUCAUCGAGCAGAGUCAGUGUGUGGCCACUGCUGCAUCCAUCUCUUCGUCGACAUCCAGCACUCCGCUCACUUCAACCACUCCAUCGUCCAUAGUUACGCCACCCAGCAAACUGGGCGCCUUUAUUCCUCCUCCCCUGCCGGAGCCCAAUCGAGCCUACAACACCAAUGCGAAUGUCUUCGUGAAGACCAAACGGAAAAUCUUCACCACCAUCCUAGAACCAAGUGCCGCGGAGGGCAUAGCUGUGAUCGAAAAGGAACUGGAGAGUCCCACGGAGGAGAAGUCGGAUAAGUUGGCUAAGGCGGAGAAGUCCAAGUGCCUGCCCAAGCCACUCAGUCUGUACAAAUCCAUUAGCUUGGAACGCUUAAAGCAGCCGCCCGUUAAGGAGGACCUGCGUAAAUGCCAGAGCAGUGAGACCUUCCGGCGGGGAGGCCUCUUCGUCCCGCCUCCUCUAGCCAGCGACAGCAUGGAGAGGUUGGCGGAGUCCAAGAGAAAUCACGAGCUGAGCAAUCCCCCAGUUCCACCAAGGAAGGCUCAUCUUUACAAGAAAAACUCGCUGCACAAGUCGCACAGUGCUAAUGCCAGCCAUCGCAUUGAGCACAAGAUAGCCAAGACCAGCUCUGGACCCAGCUUCUCCAGGGUGCAUCCUCCGCCGCCUGCGCCAAUUCCCUUGACCCUGCCCAAUAAGGAGGAUAACACCCUGCCCAGGAUACAGCGGAAACAUCCCAAUACGCCCACCAAGGCCAAGCAGUUUGAGUUCCCGCCUCCGCAAACUCUGAUCUUAGAUCGCCCGGCUACUCCACUCUCGGAGAGGGCUAGACGCCUGCAGUUGGCCAAGGCGCAGUUCCUGCAGAGUGCUCCGGUCACUCCCCGCCAGGAACCCCAGACACCCAGCAAGGCAACGGAUUCGGUGGUGCUCCAAAAGAGCAUCAGUGCGGGCAGCAUGAGGGGAGGAGCAGGAGCAGCUGCCCAGGAGGCCAGCAGGCAACAGCAAUAUCACGAAGUUUCCACGGACCAGGAGAGUGUGGGCACUUCCAGUGCCUACGACAGUUUGCCCCGAGCCGUCAGUCGGAGUGCCAAGAUAUCCAGCAAACUGGGUUUCGCCACACUCACCUCAAAGUUACGUAGGGGCAACAAGAAGCCCAAGGAUCCACCUCCAAGUCCGGGGAGCGCUCUAUCCGCCCUUUGUCGGCAAACCCUCAUGGCCGAUGCCAUUCCCCAGGCUUUCGGGGCGGAGAAGCCACCACCCAGUCCCACUGGGCGGAAUGUCUCGAAGUCCCAGAGCUCGCCACAGGCCGCAGGUCCUCCGGCCAUCAGUCUCGAGGGCAUAAACAAGUCCCUGAGCGAGCAGUAUGUGCGCCAGCUGAAGGAGAGCGACGUCUAGUCAGAGUCCCCAGUCCCAAGUCCAGAAUCUAGUCAUAGGAGUAAUCAGUAGAGUCCCUGUGCGAGCAAAAUGAGUGCAUUUUAGGGUCAUCCCAGGGCACGGUUGCCAUUAAAAAUAUCUAAAAAUAUAGCUAUUUGGUAUUCAAAUUGAUUAAAAUCUUAAAAAAAACCAAAGUGAAUGGCAACCAUCUGAAACCAAAGUAAAGAUACUCAACGAGCCAUUUAUGCAAAAUCGAAUUCAAAGCAAUUAGAUCUUCAGGUGUAGUUACUAAAAUCUUUUUUUUACUUCCUACGAAAUCGAAAAAGCAUUUUAGGUUGUUUUUGUUUUUAUAACUAACCGAAAAAUAUAUGAAUUAAAAAGAAA